CGUGCUUAGACCGCGUGGCGUUGUUUGGUUCCGCCAUCUUCCUAGCUGUCAGUGAGCGGUGGAUGGGUGUUGGAAAUCAAAAUGAGCGAUGAGGAAAGAGAUGUGGAUAUAGAGAGUGAUGAGGACGACGAUGAAUUGGGGACAUCGUUUGGUUCCGGGCUUGCUGGCACAGAGUUUAUGUCACAGUCUGAGAAGCGUGCCCACCAUAAUGCCUUAGAAAGGAAAAGACGUGACCACAUAAAAGAGAGUUUUCAUAGCCUACGAGACUCAGUGCCAGCCCUGCAAGGAGAGAAAGUAAAUGUAUCUCGAGCCCAGAUCCUGAAGAAGGCUGCAGACUAUAUUCAAUUUAUGAGGAAGAAAAAUCAUGGCCACCAAGAAGAUAUUGAUGAUUUAAAGAAACAAAACUCAAUUCUAGAACAACAAAUUCGGGGAUUGGACAAAGCUAGGAGUACAGGACAAUUUGCCCAAUCGGGCACAGUUAGUUCGAAAAAUAGUGCACUGACAUUUGAUGGUGGAUCAGAGUCGGAAAGCUCUGCAGAAGGUGAACUAUCACAAGGCCGUCGGAAAAAGUUAAAAACUGAAUAGCAGGAUCACUUAUUAGGCUAUUUUGUUUUCUUUUGUCGUGACCAUCGGAUGGCAGGCCAUGUCGUAGGCAGACAGCUAGCGCAAGGAUGUGUUGCUGGUGUGCGGGAAAUCCAAAUGUGUAUGUAGUGUGGAGUGAAGCCGAACUAGGGUCUAAAUCAUACAGAAAUCAGGAAAAACUCUUUUAUAACUUUUUACUUGGUGAACAAUCGCAUUGCUGUAUUUGAUGAUCGACUCUAAUAUUUGUAGAGCAUUCCAUAUAUAAACUCAUAUUCUUACCAGAUCUCAACAUGGUUGAUAACAUAUUGGGAGCUGAUCUGGAUGGAACUCCUCUGUGUGAUCAGUUAAUACCAAGCUUAAUUCUUCAUAAAGCUUGAGGAGUUAAAAUCUUUAAAUCAAUUUUAAAGCUUGAGGAGUUAAAAUCUUAUCACUUUUAAUUGUCUAUUAAUAAUUAUGUUCCUGGAAAAGACAAGUUGGAUCAUAGUGCUCCUCUGAAACAGAAAUUUCUUUCCAUGGUGAAAAAUUUGAAAGCCAUCAGUUCGAAAGAAGUUCAGUUUAAAACUACUUCCUUCUAGUUAUAUUCAUAAUUCAAAGUGGCAGUAAAUAUCAAAUACCUCAUUUAAUUAGCUGAUAUAAUAACAGGGUUCUGUUUGUACAAUACCUGUCAGGUACAAACUGGCCUAUAACAGUAGCUUUCUGUUGAGUACAAACAGUGGCUUUGAAAUGUACCUGUCUGUCUAAUGAAAAGCAGGUUGCUAUAUUUCCUGGGCACUUAGAUUGUACUUUUCAUGGACACUACAUGUUGGCUGGCAUCAUUUGGUUUCCUACACCUACAGUUCCUCUGUUACUUGUAAAAGAUUUGUACGCAUGUAUUAUUAGUAAUGAUUGAUGCUGUACAUGUAUAUGUUGUAAGAGAAUUGAAACAUUUCAACAUCUCUACUGGUGCAAAUGUUAUUGGUGAUAAAAAGCCAUGGUUUUGAAUGUUGUACAAUAAAAGUAUAUGGUAGUUUUUCCUAUAUAUUUACUAUGCUUUAUACUUGGUAUUAGAUUCAGUGAUUCGGUUUCAACAGGAUACCCGAGUCAUUGAGAAUCUCGACUCUUACAACAAUAAUGAUUUUCUAUAAAGUGUGUAUCAUAUGUACAGGUCCACUAGCUUAACUUUUCAUUGUAAUCCAAGUCAUGUUGUGAAUCUUCUUAGGAUAAUCAGAGUAUGAUCUGUAAAGUUAGAAACACAGAUGAGAUUGGGUCUUUUAGCUUUAUUUAUAACAAUGUGUACCUGUUCAUGAGAAAUGUACAGGUGAAAUAUGUAAGUGUAUAUAGAAAAUAGUUAUUCUUUGUUGAAUUUGGCACAAACAUUUUUCAUCUGCAAAUCUGUUUUAACUGAAGGUAAUGAUUUUAGGAAAAAUGUGCUUUGUCAAUCCAAGACUUUCUAGUCCACAAGUCUGGCCCUGCUUUCAAGAAACUUUAUAUGAAUAUUUUUGGAUGAUUUGUUUUCUAACUGAAAUAUAAGACUUUAAGUCUCAAAAAUGGUUUUCAUGAAGUAUUUUGGAACUGGGGCACCAGUAUUCUGACUGUCCUUUUCCAUCUAUUAAGUCAAGCAAAUUGUGGUAUUGAUUGUAGCAGACUUUAGGUACUUUUGGAUUGAAGCACUUUUUAAAGAAAAUAGCCAGACAUAGAUUUAAAUAUUGAAAUCCUUUUUGCUUUAAAACAAAUUGAAAGGCCAUUAAGUUGGAUGACUAUGAAAUACGUGAGUACAUGUUAUUGUAAUAUUUUAGCUUAUUUUUUUUAUCUUGUUUCCAAAUUACCUACCAAACAUGAUGCAAAUAUUUAGAGGGAUUUAAAGAAGGGGAGAUUCUGAACUCUGUCUUUCUAAAAUGUCCUAUGUUUGGAAGUGUCGUUUCCCAGCUUUUUCUACUUCUGUGUAGCUGGCCGAGUCUUGUCGUUACCCAGUCUUGUUUAUAUGUGUCUGGGCUGACGAUGCACUUGACUUAGGUAGAUGUGAAUGUUGUACAAAUGAAAUAAUAAACAUGUAAAAUCAU